AUGGACGAGUACAACGCCUUAACCUCCACGCUAUAUGCGUUCUACACCUUCGACCGCUGGCUGUAUCAGCAAGUGUACAAGCCUAAACUGAUCAAAUACAAGUCCCUUUCGUCCGAUGAGCAGAAUCUUUUGGACUUCUAUCCCCAGCUUCUCAGCAAUCUCGAACAAUGCUUAGGAAUCAACGAUUCAUUCACCAAGCAAUUGGCUCUUACUGCUGCCGAAGAUUGGGGUGUUACUGCAUCGCCAGACCAAUGGACCAAAUGUACCCCACAAGACCAUGAUAAGGUUCGGCUGACGCUUCUACAACUUUCACGAGAGUGGAGUAGCGAUGGUGAGGUAGAGAGAGAAACAACCUACAACAAGAUUAUAGAGGCGGUACAAAAAAGAAUUAAAAACGGCAAAGUUCUUGUCCCUGGAUGCGGCCUUGGACGUCUCGUGUUCGAGUUUGUACGCAAGGGUUACUGGACUCAGGGAAAUGAGGUGAGCUAUCAUAUGUUACUAGCACUGGGAUACGUGCUUAACCGAAUGCCCAUGGCACACUCACACACGGUGUUUCCUUAUAUUUUUAAACUGCUGCAUGUUCUGAGACGUUUGUUUCAAGUACGCCCCGUCUCUGUUCCUGACGAGACCCCAACGUCUAUUUACGAGAACCCUGAUGCCGCUGAUCUCAUGUCUAUGGCUGCUGGGUCGUUUGUAGACCUCUAUGGUCCACGCGAUUUAGCUGUAAGCGAAGCUUACACUGAGGAUGCUGCUGCCAGUGACUUUAGGGUAGAGAACGAAGGAGCCUUUGACGUCGUGGCUACAUGCUUCUUUUUGGACACUGCGCACAAUGUGUUGGAUUACAUUAAAACGAUACAUCACUGCCUUCGUGACGGUGGUUACUGGGUGAAUAUGGGACCUACGCUUUGGCACUAUGAGGGGGAUCUGGGGGCCAUUGAGGUCGAGAAGGAUGGGAAGAAAGCACACUCAAUAAUGGAAGGCAUGGAGUUGACGAGGGACGAAUUGAUCGGUCUCGUAAAACGGAUGGGAUUUGAGAUUGAGGAGCAGGAUGUGGCCCUUGGGAACUUUGUUUAUGACGCCGAGUUCUGGGUUGCGAAGAAGAGACCCUUAACAAAAGCGGCCACAGAGGACGCUGAGCCGACUGCAAACAAGGACUCCAGCGGAAACGAACCGAAGAAGUAA